AUGGCUGUGCGCGGCGCCAACACCUUGACGCCCUUCUCCAUCCAGGCAAUCCUCAACAAGAAAGAGGAGCGUGGAGGGCUGCCCGCGCCAGAGGGGCGCUCGGUACCCGGGGGCACCGCAGUGGCAGUGGCUGAGGCGCCCGCUGUCUGCUGCUGGCGAUUGUUCGGGGAGACAGACGUGGGCGCUCUGGGGGGCGCGGAAGACUCUCUGCUGGCGUCGCCUGCCGGGACCAGAACGGCUGCAGGGCGGACCGCGGAGAGCCUGGUUGGUUGGGACUCGGACUCGGCGCUGAGCGAGGAGAACGAGGGCGGGCGGCGCUGUGCGGACGCGCCGGGGGCCAGCGGGGCCGGCUGUGCAGGGGGGACGCUGGGCCUUGGCCAGCCGGUCUGCGAGCUGCCCGCCGCCAAGGACCUAGAGGAGGAAGCCGCAGGCAGGAGCGACAGCGAGAUGUCGGCCAGCGUCUCAGGCGACCGCAGCCCUAGGGCCGAAGACGACGCUGUUGGCCCCGGAAGUGCACGCGUACCCGCGCUGUGCAGCCGAAGCGGCGGCGGGGGCGGCCCGGCGGGCGGCGCGGAGGAGGAGGAGGAGCCCGCCGCGCCCAAGCCGCGCAAGAAACGCUCGCGGGCCGCCUUCUCCCACGCUCAGGUCUUCGAGUUGGAGCGGCGCUUCAACCACCAACGAUACCUGUCCGGGCCGGAACGCGCCGAUCUGGCCGCGUCGCUGAAGCUCACCGAGACGCAAGUGAAGAUCUGGUUCCAGAACCGUCGCUACAAGACCAAACGCCGGCAGAUGGCUGCCGACCUGCUGGCAUCAGCGCCCGCCGCCAAGAAGGUGGCGGUGAAAGUGCUGGUGCGCGACGACCAGAGACAGUACUUGCCUGGCGAGGUGCUGCGGCCACCGUCGCUGCUGCCACUGCAGCCCUCCUACUAUUACCCUUACUAUUGCCUCCCCGGCUGGGCGCUCUCCACGUGUGCAGCCGCCGCGGGCACCCAGUGAGCCGGCCUGGGUCGAGGCAGCAAACGAUUCCCGGGUCCCAGCUCCGGACGGCCGCUGACGGCUGUGCAGGUUGUGCUCUGUACGAGGGCGCCCCGGCGAAGGGGCAAGUGGAGGAUGCAGUACAGCCCAGGCUCAAAAUCCAGGA